GAAGCGAAACUAAACCCAUCAAAUACGACAAUCCCAGGAUUUUUACGCGACGCGUAUAUACCGUGCAUUCCCUAUGACACGUGUGUGUGUUUGGAAUAAUUUAUAAUGAAGAUCGUACUGCUCAUCCUGCUGUCGUCGUGCGCCCUCGUAGUCAACUCAGAGUACCCGCGAUUCAAGAGGCGAGGCCCGCAGCCCCCGCCGCCGCCACCGCGCCCGCCGCCAUACACGAAAAAAUGGCAAAAACCGCCCGGACAAUUCCAGCGACCCUCGAACGGGCGGGGACGUCCACCGGCCAUUCCCCCCAAAAUUAUGCAGCAGGCGUUCAAGAUACCGCCCAUCACCAAGCCGCACCAACACCAGCCGUUCCCGAAACAUCACCAAAAGAGACCUGCCGCACCCGCGGCCUUCUGGCAGAGGCCUCACCACUUCGACCAAAUCAACAACAACAACGUUCAGUUCCCCAAGCAGGAGAUCGUCGCCCAUUUGGCGCCACAUAAACAAGAGAAGGCGCCAUUCCAAUCUUCGCCGGCGAUCCCUGUGGCGGUGGACUACGACUACCACGUCCAGACCAACAACAUCCCCACGCACGCGAAUCCGAUCAAGCAGAUCGGCGAGAAGGGUCCGAUUCACACUAUUCCGGCGCCCAACCUCAGUAUGGCGGACGCGCCCAAGCACGCGUAUCAGGAAAUUAGGCGGCCGCACCAGCAGCACUACGGCGUCGUGCACCAGUACCAGGUCACGGAACCCGACGAGCAAAUAGCCGGGCCGCAGGAGCCGGUCCGCGCGUACCAAAAUCAAAUCCACUUCGACCAAAUGCCCCAAGAGACAUACCAGUACAGGCCGCAGACGCAGGCGAUAUUGUCGACGUACCUGCAGCAGCAGCCGGCGGCGGUCGACAAGAGCAUUAACGUGAGACCGUCCUACCAAUCAUUCAACUACGACGAACAGGCGCAGCAGCAGCGCACCAAGUCGGGCGCAGGCUUCGUAACAGCCACUUAUAGCCUGGGCGAUGACCGGCAUCUGGUAUCGGACGACGACCAAGACCCGUUAACGCAGGCGCAGAUCGUACAGAGUUACUUCGACACGGGGGCCAAGACGGGCGACGGCGGCGGCGACGCCGACGCCAAACCGAGCGCGUCGGACCAAGAGAGACUGCUGGCGUCUUAUUACGCGUCGCUGCCUAACCAGGAAGCGGCCGAGCGACUGGCCCGCCUCCAGGCGGCCGGCAAAGUAAACAGCAACCUGAUGAAGGUCGGGUACCAGACGGCCGAGAAUUCGAUCGACAUUUACGUGCCGGACGACGACGCCCAGACGUCGAGGAAAGACGUCGACCGCGACGAAGCGGCUACCGAUUACGAAGACGAGGUGGAGGAAGGGGAGACUCUCCAGUCGCAGGAACAGACGGCCGGCUACGGCGCCAAGCUAUAGCGCCGCUCUCUAUUUAUUUAUUGUUAAUUUAUUACAUUUCUCUUGCCCUUGUUGUUGUAAUA